UUUUCCCCCUCUAAGAUGACUCAAUCGCCUAUCAAUUUAUGUUCAAAUUUAAAAAUAUAUUUAUUUAAAUUGUCUUUUUUCAAAGCUCUUUUAAAUCGUCAUGAAUCUCCCACCGCUUCCGAAAGUGUCAUCGCUGUGAAGAAGCAGCGCAAAAAACUUUCAGCAAGACGAUUUAUCAAAAUAAUAUAUUUUUUACAGUUAAUGGGUAUCGAGACUCCCGAGCAAUACAGCGGGUCUGGCUGCGGAUUCCUUACGAUGAUGCUGGUAGUGGAAGAGUUGUCCAGGGUGGACCCUGCCGUGGCAGCAUACGUCGACAUCCACAACACCCUCGUCAACUCCUUAUUCAUGAAGAUUGGUACAGAGGAACAGAAGCAGAAGUACUUGACAAAGCUUUGCACUGAAUACGCAGGCAGCUUCUGCUUAACAGAACCCAGUUCAGGCUCCGACGCGUUCUCACUCAAGACUGUUGCGAAGAAGGACGGCGAUCACUAUGUAAUCAACGGCUCCAAGAUGUGGAUCUCCAACUCCGACGUUGCUGGAGUAUUCCUCGUCAUGGCGAAUGCUGAUCCGUCCAAGGGGUACAAAGGCAUCACGUGCUUCAUAGUGGAGCGCGAGACUCCCGGCCUGAGCGUCGCCAAGCCCGAGAACAAGCUCGGCAUCCGCGCCUCCGGCACCUGCAUGGUGCACUUCGACAACGUGCGAGUGCACGAGUCCGCCAUAUUGGGAGAAUAUGGGAAGGGAUACAAGUACGCAGCAGGUUUCCUGAACGAGGGUCGCAUAGGCAUCGCGGCGCAGAUGAUCGGACUCUGCCAGGGUUGUAUGGACGCUACCAUCCCCUACACGCUCGAGAGGAAGCAGUUCGGAAAGAACAUCUACUCCUUCCAGGGAAUAAGCUAUCAAAUCGCGCACCUGUCAACACAACUGGAGGCCGCACGACUGCUCACAUACAACGCUGCGCGACUCAAGGAGCACGGACAAGAGUUCGUCAAGGAGGCCGCCAUGGCCAAAUACUACGCUUCCGAAAUCGCCCAAACGCUUACAUCCAAGUGCAUUGACUUUAUGGGAGGCGUAGGCUUCACUAAAGAUUUCCCUCAAGAGAAGUUCUUCCGGGACGCCAAGAUCGGCACCAUCUAUGAAGGCACCAGCAACAUGCAGCUCCAGACCAUUGCCAAGCUACUUGAGAAACAGUACACACAGUAAACAGUGCCAUAACUAGUUAACUAUAUGUCAUACGUCAUACGUCAUUUAUCAGACAUUUAAACAAAUAAUUGAAACACUUUUGUGUAAGAAUAAUGAGAAUUUAAAUAAAUUAGGCCAUAACAACACUAAGACUUGUUUUACGUGCUAUGGGAUUCAUUUGCGUGAUUGUUAAAAUUGUGGCCUUUCACCAGCUCACUGCUCAACAUCGGCAUAAGGUCAAUCCAACUUUGUAUAUCCAGCAGGAUAGUAAAAUUUAGGACUUGACCUUUCAGCUUUGAACUGAUAAAAAAUAUACACUACCUUUUUUCAAGUUAUUAAUAAAUAAACUUCUUAAUUUUCAACUUAGUCAUGCCACAAAAAUAAUGGUUCCAAGCACAAAACUUGAUGUUGAGACUGGUAACUAAGUUUCUAAAUUUCUUACUGCCAAUGUCUAUUAAUCAUGAGAACAUUGUUUGUCUACAACACUGAAGAUUAUUUUACAGGGUAAAAUAUUUAUAUAUAAGAAUGAACCAAUAUUGUCUAUUGUAUUAUGUUAAUAUCUAUUAAAUAUGAAACAAAAUA